AUGACUGCCAAUAAUAAAUACAAAUGUGUUAAUUGUGGGGAACCAUGUUCUGCAUUGUACAGAACUUACGGACCAUCGGUCCUAAAACUUACAAAAUGUGUUGCCUGCAAGGGCAUAGUCGACAAAUACAUAGAAUAUGAUCCUGUGAUAGUAAUGAUUGACCUUGUUCUUAUGUCCAAAGAAGCUCAGAGGCAUAUCUUAUACAACACUGAUUUUAAGACAUUUUGGAAAUUGUUCAUUAUACUCGUGAUGCUGGAGACGUAUGCCGUAUGGCGCAGUGAUAGUUUAUUUUCGAUAGCCGUCAACACAAUCUGCGAUAUUAAAAGUAGUUAUACAAUCAAUUCCACUAAUAUAAACCUUCCCAUAAAUUUGUCUGUGCCAGAGUCGUGGCGGAAUAAUUGCAGAGGUUGGGUUCAAGAUAGUAAAGGCGAUGACAGUGAUUUAUUUAUCUGGGAAAAGGAUUUUUAUGUGCAAUUUAUAUCUACGUUUUCCGGCAUAAUGAUAUUCAUUACGACGGUCCAUGUCCUCAUGAACGUGCUACAGUCAUUUGCAACUAAUAACAGAGGUAAUCAAAACUUUUCAGUGUCAUCGAAGCGGUUGUUACAAGCAUUCUCGUUGGCAAACAUGAGUACAUUGUUCGCUUUGCCCAUGCUGGUGUGGGGAAACACGGACACCCCGCCGGAAACGAGGCUAGUGCACUACUUAUUAGUGUUUGUGUACAGCUUUAUCGUCUUCUGCAAUGUUUUCACUGUACUAUAUGAGAGUCCAAUGUUGAUAACAAUACUGGUGCUCAUAGCUAGCAACAGCGUGAAGCAUUACACGACGUUCCACAUGACGCCGUUUUUAAGGGGAUUUGUGACAUAA